AUGGCCGUUCCAUCAGACAACCCAUCCUCAUCCUCAUCCAACGAUGACUCUACCAUGCCACCAUCACCACCUCCGUCGCCACCGUCAAUGUUGCGUAUUCCCCUUGCCCUGAGACGCACCACCACGCAGCAACCCACCUCAACCGAAACCUCAGCCGGUGGCAUUAUUCCCCGUCCAAUGAGCCAGUUACCUGCUAUGAUACCCGUCUCACCCGCAUAUAUGCUCUUCGCUACUCGAAUGGCGAUGUUCGAACGCGUGGAGCACCGCAACCUGGCAAUCAGUGCAAGGAACAUGGAGCUACUAUUCCACACUUGGUCCACAAACCCUGUCGCAACUUACUUGAUGACAAACGGUCCAUUCCCGGUCGACCACAUCCGCGCCCUAUACCAAACUUUCGGUCGAACUCUACCUCCCUCAUUCAACAGCGUCCCUGACGAGGCACGCAGCGAAGAAGAUAUCGUUACGAUGCGUGACGCACUAACCUAUGAGGCCGUACGCACCGAAGCGGAUAUCACAGCUGUGCUUGAUGCGCUGACCUAUGAUAUCGGCUUACGUUUUAUCGCGGAGGCUGUGCGAACAGCACCGGUAUCAAAUGAAAUUGCCGUGUAUGCAGAGAUUCUGACGCAUUUCCAGCAUGCGACGCAGCGACAGGCGGACCGCGAAUCCUGGCAGCGGAUCUACAAUGAUUUCAUGAGGGUAUAUAAUCGGCCAUUGAUGGUUGACAACACACCCGCGCAGACUAGCCAACCGGAGCACACAGCCGACGACAGAUGA